AUGUCAGAUAUCAACCACAGAGGCUACCAGAGUCGCCUUGAGCAAUUAAAAAGGAUCCUGCAGCAGUACAACCUCCAGGUGUCCAAUAUCACCCCAGUGGCAUACCAGGAACUAGGACCGUGUCCUUACAACAACUUCAUCUACAAAAUAGAACUAUCAAAGCCUGCCGAAAGUUCUGUUUUUCGUGGACCAGAUCAAAUUUCCAAUCCCUGCACUACUCCCCCUUCUGAUGGGGCGUUGGUAUACAUUCUUCGCAUGAGCAAUCCCGAAGCCAUGGGCAUCAAUCCCCGGGCUUCUCGCAUCGAGAACGAAGUCGCUGCCAUGUUUCUUGCACGAAAAGGACUAGAUAAUUUCCAGGCUGGUCUGGGAGAUCUGGUUCCCUCAAUAUAUGCUUUUUGCUCUAAACCUAGCCUGCCUGGUGACUUGCCGUGGGCUUUGGUGGAGUACAAGGUUGGUGUACCACUGGAUGAGUUUUUUGAUUCCCAAUCUGAGGUGAGGAGGGAGUCUAUCAUUGAACAAGUCUCAGACGUGAUUUCCGGGCUUCAAAACUGCCCGCUUCCACCAGGUGUUGAUUCUUAUGGUGGACUUGGUGUGGCCAAGGAUGGAAUUAUAAGUGCAGAAAUGACUAUCACACGUGGAGGGCCCUGGUCCACCUACGAAAUGCUCCUUAAGGCACGACUCGAGCAUGAGCUUCAUGAUGCAGAUAUGAGCCCAGUUAUCAAAGGGUGGCAAGAGAAUGGCGUCAGACAACGACUUCAAUCUUUGAUUGAUAAAUUCAAACUCUCUGUACCUGAGCAGAAGGCGCUCGUCCACGGUGAUCUUACAAUGAAUAACAUGCUGAUCAAUCCCGAAACGAGCAAACUUACGGCACUUCUCGAUUUCGAUUUCGCAUCCAUUGCACACCCAGUUCAUGAGUUCUUGGUAUCGCUUCAGGACCUAGGGUGCAACAUCAUGGGGCCCUAUGGCGAGGAUCCAACUAAUGGAAAGCUGUCGCAAGCUCUCCUCUCGGGUAAUUUUAGUGCCGAUAUUCCCGGGGAUCUGUGGUGGAAUGGAAGGACGCUAAAUGCUGAUUUGGUCAAACGGGGAAUGCAACGACCAAGCGAUAUGGUCGGGAUUGAGGUACUCUUUCAAUGGCGGGCUCUUGAGCAACUGAUAUGUCCUUUCCACCUGGCCGCCCCGUUCAUUAUACAUAGACUGACUGAUGAGCAACGGGAAGAGGCAAGGAAAAAGGCUGAAUCGGAACUCAUAGAUCAAAUGGAGGUUCUGGACAAGAGCAUCAGUGCUGUGCUAUAG